GUUCUUUGGGAUGUCGACAAGAACAAGAAGUUCAAGAAUCCUCCUAUACCGCCAGGCGGCAAUCUUUGUGAUGCGUUCAAGGGUACCGCCAAGCCGCCAAACUGGGGAAUCGAACCAUGUCAGGACGGUGGAUUCGAAAAUGUUGACCUGAUUGUUUGGAUGCGUACCGCUGCACUUCCGAAUUUUCGCAAGCUUUGGAGGUUGUUGGACCGUACUAGUGAGAAUGCUUUGGUCGGAGCACGCUUCCGUGAAGGCUUACCAGCAGGCCAAUACGAAGUUGUUGUGCAUUCCAGGCAGUUUGUGGACGGAAGUCUUUUGUACUGA